AUGAAGUCAUCAUUCCUCGCGCUCCUUGCGGCGCCGUUUCUCGCCAUGGCGGCACCCCUAGAAAGUCGUCAAGGAAAUCCACCUGCCUUUUUCCUCGCCGGUGAUUCCACGACGGCCGUCGACGGCGGCUGGGGCGACGGCUUGGUCGCCAUUCUUCGGGACGGCGCCAUCGGCCAAAACAAGGGCCACAGUGGCGCCACGACAGCUUCGUUUGUUGCCGCGGGCGACUGGGAGACGGUGUUGAGCCUGGUCGAGACCAACAGAGGCAAACAUGACUGCUACGUGACCAUCCAGUUCGGCCACAAUGACCAGAAAUCCAACUCGGGAGUCGGCAUCUCACAGUUCCAGACCAACGUCGAGAACAUGGCCAACGAGGUCACGGCGGCCGGCGGAACCCCCAUCAUCCUGACGUCGCUCACGCGCCGCACCUUCAGCGACGGCACGCUAGACGACAGCUUGGCCGACGUGUCCGAGGCGGCGAAGAAGGCGGCCGCAGCCGUCGGCGCCGCCGUGCUCGACCUCAACGCGGCCUCCCGAAAGUACGUCCAGGCCAUCGGCUCGUCCGACGCCGACAGGUAUAAUCUCGAGCAGGGAGACCGCACCCACCUCAACGACCACGGAGCUGCCGUCUUUGGCCGCAUGGUUGCCGACCUCGUCGUGAGCUGGGACUCGGAGCUGUCUGCCUACAUCACCGCGGACGCCGCGCUGUCCGAGAAGAUAGCGCAGGGUGUCUACGCUUGA